AUGGCUACACCAUUAGAUUACGGAUAUUUAUUAUCACCGACUGGUCAACUCAAUAUUGUAGAAAUCUUUUUAUUGAUUGGAGCUUUGAUCAGUGUCGCAUUCACAUCAAGUGUAUACUGUGAAUUAGUUGAUCGCAUACAAUUUAUCUACCCGGGAUUGAACACAGCGCUUAUUCGAUAUUUAUUUCAAUCAUUUGCUGUACUUUGUUUGACGUUCACAAUUAUCAUUUUGAUUGUACAUAUUUAUGGCAUAAGAUAUUUAGGUGGAAAUUAUUAUUAUACAAAUCAGUUUUGUGUACUGAUGAAUAUUUGCAUGGGACUUAUCAUGAUAUCGAUUGGUAUAUUUGCAGCAUUUUGGGAAGAUAAAUUAAGACGUAUACCUGAUAUUAUUCGACGUGGUUACCUUUCAACUCGAUAUCAAUAUUUACACGAUGAAAUAACACAUCAGCGACCAUGUUCAGUCGCUGCUACGGCAAUCUUUGGUAUGUUGGCCGGUAUUCUAUUUAUUGUUGAAGCUGGUACGAGGUCAAUGUCGAAUGCGAAUUCAAUAAAUAUGUCAAAUCGUUAUACAUCACCAGCUUUAUUUCAACGUGCUCCAAUCAAAAUUAUCAGAGGCGAACGUGUAACGCCUAUUGAAACAACAACUGCGUUGUAUCAAUUUACUCGAGUGUGA